UCCUCUCUCUCCUUCUCUGCUUCCUGGCUGCAAUAUUGUGAGCAGCUUUCCUCUGCGCAAACCCUCCCACCAUGCCUUCCAGGCUUGACCAACUAUGGACUAAAACUAUGAGCAGAAAUUAACUUCUACUCCUUUAAGUUGCAGGUGUCAGGUAUUGUGUCACAGUGAUGUAAAAAGUGAUUAGUGAUCUUUAAUAUAAGAAUUUCAGAGGAACAGAGACAUUUAUUCUAUAGCAACAGUAAAAGGUGGGGAGUUAAUUAGUAACCCAACACUGGCAGUGGCCUAGUAGGUGUAGGAUUGCCACACAAGGCUGAAAGAUAUUUCUUAACCAGAGCUUUUGGGAGAAUGCAGCAGAAGUGCUCUACUGAGUAAGGGAGUGCCAUUCAGGCUUUGAGGACAGAGCUUUGAGUUUUGUGGCACCACUGGCAAAACAAGGAGCAAUGCCCUGAGCUGGAGCUGGGUGUGGCUUUGUACCAGCAAAUGGCAUGGCCCAGGAGCCAGGCUAGGGCCUGAGGAUGUGCAAACAGCUGGGAAAGAUGGCAGUGUCAGCGACAGCUAGAAGUGAGGACGUGGCUGGAGAGUCACUGCCAGGUGGGAAGCUUGGGCAGCAAAGCCAGCAGCUCCCAGGUGAUGGCAAAGAAAGGAAGGAAGGCCUGGAGUACACAGGAGAGGUGCAGGGGAGGAGGAUUCUCAUUAGAAAAUUGAGGAUGGGGAAAACUUUCCUCUUUCAUUGCCUGAUUGUCUCCGGGGGGAUCCAAAUCCCCGACCCGAUGUGUCACACACCAAGAUACUGUAGCCCAGCAUGGAGGGGCUGCUUCAUGCCUGAAAGAUUAAAGGAAAUGUCUGAAGAGACCAGGAAGCCCACCACUCCCUACCCUUUUCCCUGCCUGCUGUCCACAGAGAGGGGGCUCUGCUCUGUACUUUUGGGAGGAAGCAGAUGAAUAGGGAAAGGAGCCAGAGACCAUGAACUGCCUGGGGGCCCAGCAGGGAUGGGACCCAGAAGAAGUUUGGUGUGUGAAGGGUUGUCCCCUCCUGGGGUGAGCCAAUAUGCCCUUCCUGGCCCCAGAUCCCCCUGGGCCAAGGCUGAAAUCACAAGUCAAGAUGGCUGUUCCCACAGGAGAGAGGAAGUCUUGCUGCUGAAGGGAGGGGUCCUUGGCCUCCACAGCUGGCCACAUGAGGGUGCCACUGGGCCUCCUGCUCCCUGUCCUCCUGGUGGAGCUGCUGGUACCCAGCUGGGCCCUCCAACCCCAUUCGCCAGAAUCCCAGGCAGGGCUGGAGACUCUGGAGCCCAAGGAUUCUCAGAACCAGACCUGGGGGGACAUGCAGGGUCCCCCUGAUGAAGAGGAGGAGGAAAAGGAGAAGGGGGAGGCCUGGCUGAGGGCCUGCGUGCAGCAGCUCUCUAAUGCGACUUCAAACCUUGGCUUCAGCCUGCUGCGAAAGAUCUCCAUGCAGCACGACGGCAAUGUGGUCUUUUCACCACUUGGUGUGGCCUUGGCCAUGGCAGGCUUGAUGCUGGGGGCCAACGGGCAGACCAGAGCCCAGGUGGAGCAUGGACUGCAGCUACAGGCGUUAAGUGAGCCGCAGCCUCUGCUCCUGCCCGCCCUCUUCAAGCAGCUCCGAGAGACUUUCUCCGGGAGCCUCGAAUUGGGCCUUGACCAAGGGAGCUUUGCCUUCAUCCACAAGGAUUUCGAUGUCAAGGAGACCUUCCUCAAUUUAUCCAAGAGGUAUUUCGAUACAGAGUUCGUGCCUACAAAUUUUCGAAAUGCCUCAGAGGCCAGAGGGCUCAUGAAUUAUUACAUUAACAAAGAGACUCAGGGGAAAAUUCCCAAGCUCUUUGAUGAGAUUAUUCCUGAAACCAAAUUAAUUCUUGUGGAUUACAUCUUGUUCAAAGGGAAGUGGCUGACCCCCUUCGACCCUAUCCUCACGGAAGCUGACACUUUCCACCUGGACAAAUACAGGGCAGUGAAGGUGCCCAUGAUGUACAGGCAGGGAAAGUUUGCCUCCACCUUUGAUAGAAAUUUUCACUGUCAUGUUCUUCAACUGCCCUUCCGAGGAAAUGCCACCAUGCUGGUGGUGCUCAUGGAGAAAAUGGGAGAUCACCUUGACCUGGAAGACUAUCUGACCACAGACCUGGUAGAGACGUGGCUCAGGAACAUGAAAACCAGGAAAAUGGAGGUUUUCUUUCCCAAGUUCAAGCUGGACCAGAAGUAUGAGAUGCACGAACUGCUCAAGCAGCUGGGUAUCAGAAGAAUCUUCUCGCCUUUGGCUGACCUCAGUGGACUAUCAGCUACUCCAAGAAAUCUGCAGGUGUCCAAGGUUUUACAACAAUCAGUGAUUGAAGUUGAUGAAAAAGGAACAGAGGCAGUGGCAGGAACCCUGUCAGAAAUCAUUGCUUACUCCAUGCCUCCCAUCAUCAGAGUGGACCGCCCAUUUCACUUCAUGAUCUAUGAGGAAACCUCUGGGAUGCUCCUGUUCCUGGGCAGGGUGGUGGACCCGACUGUCCUGUGACUCGUGACAUGCAUGAGCAUUCAGCGCGACAGCAGGUGCUGAAGUGGAGGCAUCUGCACCCACACAGGACAUCCCGCUGAGUGGCCGAGGAAAGGCACAUCCCUGAUGUCCUCAGCUGCUAUGGGCUGUUCUCAAAUUAACACACAUAUUAAAGUGACACACGUUUAAAGGAGAUGUCUGUGCAAUCCAUCUGGCAUUUAAACCUGGUCCUAAGGCCCUUAGUUAAGUGCUGGAAGCCAGCUCACAUAUCUGGACUUGACACCCAGUAGACUGGAACCCAAAUCCACAAUGAGGCCUUUGAGGGGAGGACGUGCAAUCUCCUUGAGUCAUGUUUCUCUGUCCACUUCUGAUAUAAAGUAAGCAUUUCAUUUUAAUCUGUUACAGAAUAUUUCUGCUGACUAAAGUUAGGAGAAAACUGCUGUAAUCAGUCCUGAUCAGUGUCUAACUCAAUGAUGUCUACUGGACUCCCUGGUGCACCAAAGAUCAUCCAGUUCAAUACUUUCAUUUUACAAAGGGAAGAAUAAGGGACCCAGAAAUUGGAUCACACUGUGACUUUUGAAGGCACUAGGCAUACACACACACACACACACACAAAUAUAUGUUUUAGCAUAUAUAUGAUUUUUAGUAUUUAUGUAUAGUUCAUUUAUACUAUUUAUAUAGAUCUUCAUUGGUGUCAGGGCGAAUAUAUUCUGGAUAACUGAUCCUUUUAACAAUGCAAUCUAUGUGUCUUGCUUUCUGGUAGAAAUAAAACAUCUUCAAGGGCCCUUAAAAGCAUGGUGACUGUAGGCCAGUGAUGAUGAACCUAUGGCAUGUGUGCCGCAGUGGGUACGCAGAGCCCUCUGUCAACAUGCGAGCCAAUUCACCCCAGAAGUCAAGCACCAGGUAACAGUUUUGUUUUUUUAAACUAAAACCUCAGUAGUCAGGUUUAACUGCAGAGUUGGCACUUUGUGAUAAAUAAGUGGGUUUUGAGUUGCAGUCUGGGCACUUGGUCUCUAAAAGGUUUGCCAUCACUGCCUUAGGCACUGUGGCUACUUUACCUGAUGGAUAAGUCAAACCUGUAUCUCAGUCACCAGUGUGACCAUGGUGCAGCAAAGGUCUGUGUCUAACACCCAAGCCCUGUUCCUCUUCCUUCCCUCCCUGGAACAUGCGCUGAGAUCCUGCUACACAGAAUGUGUUUACUUCAGAGUUACCCACCACGGUUAAACAAUAUAAGCAUGGACUCUACCCCAAGGGGAAAAGGAGAAUAGCAAAUACCUGUGGGGCUUUCUCAGUCAUUUUCUGACAUGGAAACAAGGCACAACUUUAGGAUGGUCAAGUCAGAGAAUCCUAAAUAGAGUUAACAAAUCUUGGAAAGUCAGGUGUGUUAACUAAAUGCAUAAUUGGAUUUCUAUCUGUGUUGAUGCUUAAACAUACCUGAAACUAACUUAUUAUCUUGAUGACUAAAAUCAAAGCAAUGAGAAUAGGUGAUAAUAUUAAGAGCCAGUCUAAAGACUAACUUCACCAUCCCCACAUCUGGGCAUGAACUCAUUCCUGCAGUCCAUCCAAGAGUACUAAUUGACAUUAUUUGACAGGCAGGAAAUUCUAGAGCCUAGAAAGAGAAACAAUGGAAGAGGGCUAAGUUAAACUGGCAUUCCUAUAUGAUCUAUGUCCAGUUAUCAGGUUUGUUUGUGGAAAAAUGCAGAGAGAAGAAUAGGGUUCCGGCAAUGUUCUCAUUUUUAAGAGAUGCAAUCUAGAAAAGAAACUCUACGACGGUGUUGGCAAACCUAUGGCACGCAUGCUGCAGUAGGCUGUUUGUAUCAUUGAAAGCUCUAAAAGGUUCAUCAUCACUGGUCUAUGAGAACACAAUGCUCUAAAAUGAACACAGUCACACUUGGUCAUGGAAAGGUCAGUUCUUCUCAGCCUCAGGUGGCCUUGUCUAGAUCUAGUUAAAGAAUCUACACGAGAGGUUGUUAAACAGAACUCUCAUAAGAGUAUUAGUCUUGUUUCUGGUGUAAAUGAGGAUAGUCAUAACUGUCACCAUUUUUGAUUGUUUAUAUCUGUCCUUGGAAGUAACAUUUUAACAAACAUUUCAAAAAUUUUAGAGGUUAUCAUGUUUAUGAAAAAAAAAAUCCUUGUCCAAAAGUAAUCUGAUUAACUUGAACUGAGAAUUUAAUGCCUAGCUGUAAGAAUGCAAUUGACUUCUCUACAUUUCUUAACUUUACUAGCAGUGUUUUUCCUCUCACUCAGCUUUCCUUUUCUCAUAUUCAUAAUGGGAAAACAAAAGUUCAUAACUUUGGUAAAUGUUUUAACAAUUAAAUUGAAAUUCUCCAUCUUAUUUAAAAUAAGAGUCAAUGCUGACUAUGGACAAAUGGGUGGGCUUUGUUGUCCCACUGCGCACUACAAAUUCUCCAGAUCACAAUACAGUCAAGUCCAUACUAUUGAGUCUGGUAGAAGAUGACAGCAAUAAAAAUUGCUAAAU